AUGCUGCCCCGUUCCAUCCACUCCUCCGCUUUGAGCUGCAUACGUUGCACCCACCCACCUCCUUCCAUAUUCAAAUGGGACUGUGCUCGCUUCAUAUCUUCCACAUCUACAAAGCUGCACCAAUACAUAGUAUGGGCACCAGACUACACCGAGAAAGGUACCCUAGCGCGUCGCAUGACCAUCCGUCCCAAGCACAUGCUAGGAGCUAACAAGCUCAUAAGCCAAGGAAUCAUUAAAGUCGCCGGUGGUCUCUUGACGCGCGAAUCACAGGAUGCAGAGCCUCAUAAUAGAAAGUUCAUGGGGUCUGCGCUUAUCUAUGAAGCCGAGAGCUUGGAGGAUGUAAGGAGGCUUGUCGAGGCGGAUUUGUAUUGGACGGAAGGCGUUUGGGACAAGGAGAAAUUGGUCAUUCUUCCGAUUGUUGAUGGCAACUACCCUUCAGGAGUGAGCUGGUAUCACUCAACCAACGCCGAAAGACGAGGACUGACGAGACAAGGCGAGUAG